GCCGCCCCCGGCCUCGCCCGCGGGCCCGCGCCGCCCUCCGGGCCUCCGACUCCCAGAAACACACCAGAGACCGAUUGAUUGUGGCCGGGUUUUGGGUGGCAAAAAGGGAAAAUGGCGAACGACUCCCCUGCAAAAAGUCUGGUGGACAUCGACCUGUCCUCCCUGCGGGAUCCGGCUGGGAUUUUCGAGCUGGUGGAAGUGGUGGGAAAUGGCACCUACGGACAAGUCUAUAAGGGUCGACAUGUUAAAACAGGUCAGCUGGCAGCCAUCAAAGUUAUGGACGUUACUGAGGAUGAAGAGGAGGAAAUCAAGCUGGAGAUAAAUAUGCUGAAGAAAUAUUCUCAUCAUAGAAAUAUUGCAACGUAUUACGGUGCUUUCAUUAAAAAGAGCCCCCCAGGACACGAUGACCAACUCUGGCUUGUUAUGGAGUUCUGCGGGGCCGGGUCCAUCACAGACCUCGUGAAGAACACCAAGGGCAACACGCUCAAGGAAGACUGGAUAGCCUACAUCUCCAGGGAGAUCCUGAGGGGACUGGCGCAUCUCCACAUCCAUCACGUGAUUCACCGGGACAUCAAGGGCCAGAAUGUAUUGCUGACCGAGAACGCAGAGGUGAAGCUUGUGGAUUUCGGUGUGAGUGCUCAGCUGGACAGGACCGUGGGGAGGAGAAACACCUUCAUAGGCACCCCGUACUGGAUGGCUCCCGAGGUCAUCGCCUGUGACGAGAACCCCGACGCCACCUAUGAUUACAGGAGUGACCUGUGGUCCUGCGGCAUCACAGCCAUUGAGAUGGCAGAAGGCGCUCCCCCUCUCUGUGACAUGCAUCCCAUGAGAGCACUGUUUCUCAUCCCCAGAAACCCUCCUCCCCGGCUGAAGUCCAAAAAAUGGUCAAAGAAAUUUUUUAGUUUUAUAGAAGGGUGCCUGGUGAAGAAUUACAUGCAGCGGCCCUCCACAGAGCAGCUUCUGAAACAUCCUUUUAUCAGGGACCAGCCGAAUGAAAGGCAGGUUAGAAUCCAGCUUAAGGACCAUAUAGACCGGACCAGGAAGAAGAGAGGAGAGAAAGAUGAAACCGAGUACGAGUACAGCGGGAGUGAGGAGGAGGAGGAGGAGGCGCCGGAGCAGGAGGGGGAGCCCAGCUCCAUCGUCAACGUGCCUGGCGAGUCCACGCUGCGCCGGGACUUCCUGAGGCUGCAGCAGGAGAACAAGGAGCGCUCCGAGGCCCUGAGGCGGCAGCAGCUCCUGCAGGAGCAGCAGCUCAGGGAGCAGGAGGAAUACAAGAGGCAGCUGCUGGCGGAGAGACAGAAGCGGAUCGAGCAGCAGAAGGAGCAGCGGCGACGGCUGGAAGAGCAACAAAGGAGAGAGCGGGAGGCCAGGAGGCAGCAGGAGCGCGAGCAGCGGAGGCGGGAACAGGAGGAGAAGAGGCGGCUGGAGGAGCUGGAGAGACGGCGGCAGGAGGAAGAGGAGCGCAGGCGGGCGGAGGAGGACAAGAGGAGAGUCGACAGGGAGCAGGAGUAUAUCAGGCGGCAGCUGGAAGAGGAGCAGCGGCACCUGGAACUCCUUCAGCAGCAGCUGCUCCAGGAGCAGGCCAUGCUACUGGAGUGCCGCUGGCGGGAGCUGGAGGAGCAGCGGCAGACGGAGCGGCUCCAGAGGCAGCUGCAGCAGGAGCAAGCCUAUCUCCUGUCUCUGCAGCAUGAGCCCCGGAGGCCGCCCCCGCCGCCGGACAGGAGCAAGGCCGGCCUGCACGGCGCCGAGCCCAAGGCCCAGCACGAGCCCGCCGACCGGGCCCGCGAGGUGGAAGAUAGAUUUAGGAAAACUAACCACAGCUCCCCUGAAGCCCAGUCUAAGCAGACAGGCAGAGUAUUGGAGCCACCAGUGCCUUCCAGAUCAGAAUCUUUUUCCAAUGGCAACUCCGAGUCUGUGCACCCUGCCCUGCAGAGACCAGCCGAGCCACAGGUACAGUGGUCCCACCUGGCAUCUCUCAAGAACAGUGUUUCCCCUGUCUCGCGAUCCCAUUCCUUCAGUGACCCUUCUCCUCCCAAAUUUGCACACCACCAUCUUCGCUCUCAGGACCCAUGUCCACCUUCCCGCAGUGAGGUGCUAAGUCAGAGUUCUGACUCUAAGUCGGAGGUACCUGACCCCGCCCAAAAGGCUUGGUCUAGAUCAGACAGUGACGAGGUCCCUCCAAGGGUUCCUGUGAGAACGACGUCCCGGUCCCCCGUCCUGUCCCGUCGGGAUUCCCCACUGCAGGGCAGUGGGCAGCAAAACAGCCAAGCAGGUCAGAGAAACUCCACCAGCAGCAUCGAGCCCAGGCUGCUAUGGGAGAGAGUGGAGAAGCUGGUGCCCAGGCCUGGCAGUGGCAGCUCCUCGGGGUCCAGCAACUCAGGAUCCCAGCCCGGCUCCCACCCUGGGUCUCAGAGCGGCUCCGGGGAGCGCUUCAGAGUGAGAUCGUCAUCCAAAUCUGAGGGCUCGCCAUCUCAGCGCCUUGAAAAUGCAGCAAAAAAGCCUGAAGAUAAGAAGGAAGUUUUUAGACCUCUCAAGCCCGCUGACCUGACGGCCCUGGCCAGAGAGCUCCGAGCGGCGGAAGACGUGCGGCCGCCGCACAAGGUGACAGACUACUCGUCGUCCAGCGAGGAGUCCGGGACGACGGAUGAGGAGGACGACGACGUGGAGCAGGAAGGCCCCGAGGAGCCCACCUCGGGGCCGGAGGACGCCCGAGCCGCGUCAUCUCUGAACUUGAGCAACGGUGAGACGGAGUCCGUGAAAACGAUGAUCGUCCACGACGACGUGGAGAGUGAACCAGCCAUGACCCCGUCCAAGGAGGGCACCCUGAUUGUCCGCCAGAGUGCAGUUGACCAAAAGCGCGCCAGCCAUCAUGAGAGCAAUGGCUUUGCCGGUCGCGUUCACCUCUUGCCAGAUCUCUUACAGCAAAGCCAUUCCUCCUCCACUUCCUCCACCUCCUCCUCCCCAUCCUCCAGCCAGCCGACACCCACCAUGUCCCCACAGACACCCCAGGACAAGCUCACUCCUAACGAGACUCAGUCCGCUAGUAGCACACUCCAGAAACACAAAUCUUCCUCCUCCUUUACACCUUUUAUAGACCCCAGAUUACUACAGAUUUCUCCAUCUAGUGGGACAACAGUGACUUCUGUGGUGGGAUUUUCCUGUGAUGGAAUGAGAUCGGAGGCCAUAAGGCAAGAUCCUACCCGGAAGGGCUCAGUGGUCAAUGUGAAUCCCACCAACACUAGGCCACAGAGCGACACCCCAGAGAUUCGCAAAUAUAAGAAGAGGUUUAACUCCGAGAUUCUGUGCGCUGCCUUGUGGGGAGUGAACUUGCUGGUGGGUACAGAGAGUGGCCUGAUGCUGCUGGACAGAAGUGGCCAAGGGAAGGUGUAUCCUCUGAUCAACAGAAGACGAUUUCAACAGAUGGACGUCCUGGAAGGCUUGAAUGUCUUGGUGACAAUAUCUGGCAAAAAGGAUAAGUUACGUGUCUACUAUUUGUCCUGGUUAAGAAAUAAAAUACUUCACAACGAUCCGGAAGUUGAGAAGAAGCAGGGUUGGACGACCGUGGGAGAUUUGGAAGGAUGCGUCCACUAUAAAGUCGUAAAAUACGAAAGAAUCAAGUUUCUGGUCAUUGCUUUGAAGAGUUCUGUGGAAGUGUAUGCGUGGGCACCCAAGCCAUAUCACAAAUUCAUGGCCUUUAAGUCGUUUGGAGAUUUGGUGCAUAAGCCAUUACUGGUGGAUCUCACUGUUGAGGAAGGCCAGAGGUUGAAAGUGAUCUAUGGAUCCUGUGCUGGAUUCCAUGCUGUUGACGUGGAUUCAGGAUCAGUCUAUGACAUUUAUCUACCAACACACGUAAGAAAGAACCCACACUCUAUGAUCCAGUGCAGCAUCAAACCCCACGCAAUCAUCAUCCUCCCCAACACGGAUGGAAUGGAGCUUCUGGUGUGCUAUGAAGACGAAGGGGUCUAUGUGAACACCUAUGGAAGGAUUACCAAGGAUGUGGUUCUGCAGUGGGGAGAGAUGCCAACGUCUGUAGCGUAUAUUCGAUCCAAUCAGACGAUGGGCUGGGGAGAAAAGGCCAUAGAGAUCCGGUCUGUGGAGACCGGCCACUUGGACGGUGUGUUUAUGCACAAAAGGGCUCAAAGACUGAAAUUCUUAUGUGAACGCAACGACAAGGUGUUCUUUGCCUCGGUCCGGUCCGGGGGCAGCAGCCAGGUGUACUUCAUGACGCUGGGCAGGACCUCUCUUCUGAGCUGGUAGGAGUGGCGGGCGGGGAUGCCGGCCCCGGAGUCAUCGAGAUGAGAACCUGGAAUUCCUGGCAACUGGAGCUCGGAGCCGCCCAGGCCGCGUGGGCGGGGGUCUCCUCUCCUCUCCCGCCCGCUCUUACCAGUUCAUCCCCACUCUCUUCUUGUCCUGUUCGAAAUAAAUCAAGGCUGCAACGCAGCUGGUGCUGUUGAGACUCUACCAUCAGGUGCUAUCGGUGUUGGAAUCAAGCAUCAGGCAGAACGCAAACGCCUUCCCUCCAGCUCCAGAAUUCCUCGUCUGUGACUCUGUCCCGGGGUGUCUGCAGGUGGAGAACAGACACGCCGGCGGGUGGUUAGAAGUGGGCACAGCGGGUGUAAAGUGUGCUCGGACGAGCAGGUCACUGAAGCCAAGAGCAGAUUUAAUAUAGUAACAUUAACAAUGUAUUUAAUUGACAUUUCUUUUUUGUAAUGUGACCAUAUGUGGACAAAGAAGAAGGUGCAGGUUUAAGAAGUUAAUAUUUAUAAAAUGUGAAAGACACAGUUACUAGGAUAACUUUUUUGUGGGUGGGGCUUGGGAGGUGGGGUGGGUGGGUUAGGGACCCAUUUGGCAUUUGGUUUCUUGGGAAUUCUUUUUUUUUUUGGCCAAGAACUCAGUCAUUUUCUGUGUACCAGGUUUUGCCUAAAUCAUGUGCAGAUAAUUCUUCAAAAAAAGAAAAAAAAAAAAAAAAAAAAGGAAAAGGUGUGCAUUUGUAUCCUGGCCAGAACCUUGUUGUGUGACAGUAUUAGCACUGCCUCAGUCAAAGGUUUAAUUUUUGUUUAAACCUAGAAGUGCAACAGCAGUUUCACCACGGUCUGCACUUGCGGAGGGAAAAAAAAUUUUUUUCAGCCACGUGUUUAUUUUUUCGCCUACCUCAUUGUUUUUAAUGCAUUAAGAGGUGGUUUAGUUUAUAUGUUUUUGGAGGAAAACAUUAAUGUUUAAUUUAAUCUUAAUACCAAAACUAUCCAAUUGAAGUUUGACUGUUACUUCGUCACAGGUCUCAGUAGGCACAAGAGAAAUUGUCCCUGAAGAUGGGAAACAGCCACGAGGCUUGUCUCGCUGGGCGCGUCUGCUUUCUCAGUUGAGAGAGCAGAUCGCGCUGUUUCCACCAGAUUCACCCGUGGUGGUGGACGGGCGGCCAUCACCCAGAGCACGAGGGGCCUCAGUGUUCUCAAAUCGGGGUUUGCAGACAGGUGGUCAUAUGGGGACAGCCCCACAAACUGUUAACAGUGUUGCAGGAACCUUUCCUUGGGGCCAGGGGUAUUUCCCUUUUUCUAAAAAAUGCAAUGCACUAAAACUAUUUUAAGAAUGUAGUUAAUACUGCUCAUUCGUAAGAUAGCAUCUUCCUGUGUUUUGGGUGUGAUAUCAAAGCCCUGGCUUUUCUCGUUCUCUCCCUUGCUCUCCCAUUCUCUCUCUGUUUUUUAAACCAGUUUUACUUUAUGAAUAUGUUCAUGACAUUUGUAAUAAAUGUCUUGGGUAAUAAUUGGUUUCAUGGCUUCUGGUCACUCGGUUCCUCUGAGGAUUUAAUUGCUUGGUAAAGGAGCAGCGCUCCGCACCGUGGCUCUGCCGUCCACCUUUCCUGUUGUUGAGUUCUGAUGGGAGUGUUGCAUCCACCAAACAAAAGCUCGGUGUUUCAUAGGCUCACUCCUCCUCCGUGGCGAAUUUUCUUUUGUGACGUGUAAGUGGAGGUUUUCCUCCAACAGUCACCUGCACCUGUUUGCUGAGGCUUGGCCCGGCAUUCGCAUCCCAUUUGGCAUCCUUUUUGACUCGUCAUCCUCUUCCUCCUGGGUCAGCAUUUUUGCCAGAGGCUCUCCUGUGAAUUUCAAACCCUAGUGAAAAGUACAUACACUCGCAAACGCAGAAACAACAGCUGGUCGCGUACACGCGCCACCACAGGACCCACUGAGAAAACCCGCCUCCGUACUGGAAGGAUAAGGCCGGGGAAACAGGUUGUCCGUGUGUGAGACUUUGGUGUGGUGCUGAUGUCUAAGGCAGAAAGAGAUAGUUGUUUUCUACUAAUUCAUACUGAACAUAGAGAAGAUUGGGGAGUUAAUCCCACCCUCGGAAGGGACUUCUGAGACAGGCCAGACUCGGUCACCACGGGGCCUCAGUCCCAGCCACCUCACUGCUGGCGUUUCCCUCCUCGGUUUGGCUUUUGACCCAAGACGAAAUGUGCCUCAGUGAACACGUGCACCAGGAGGAGAAAGGACCACGUGGCGGGGUCAGUUGUAGCCCGCUCCCAUGACUUUAGCGAAAGGUAAAAGUUGGGCAGGUGUCUUUGAAAAAAAUACUGAACUUCUGAUACCGACAUGGAAGAUACAAAAAGGGAUGAGGCCUCAUGGUCUGCAUCAUCCAGACUUGAAGCUCAGUGUCUGUAAGUCAAGGGCUGUGACACAGGCCAUGCAAAUGGUGUUCCCUUGGAAUUGCCGAGUACUGAGAACUUGAAAAAACUACAUUUCCCUCAGGGGCGAUGGGCUCCGAGCUCAGGUCAGGGUGGGCCUGUCCUAGUUGGGCAGCACCUGGUGGUGUUGGAGUUGAACGUGAUUGAAUCCAUCGCCGGGCUUAGCUGACCGAGGUCAGCUGGCCACUGGUCCCCUGGGUGGGUGCCUGCGGUGUGCUUUCCUCGGCCGUGGUAUCCCUCCCUCCGUGGCCUCCCCGCCUUGUCGAUCAGACUGUGUUGCCACAGCCUCAAGCAGGCGCCCGGUUAGGUUUCUCCAUGAAAGAUGGCGAGCUGUUGCGAUGUCUUUCUUCUAGAGAAAGGGAUGAUCUUUCUCCUUUAACAGGGUAGUGACUUCACAGAAGUGCAAAGAUGGCAAAAUCAACAGAAGAAGAUAGUAUUAUGCUGAUACCGUUAAAUGUGGAACGCGGAAAACUAUGACAACUCUUCCAAACAAAAUACCAGUAUGGCUCUAGGUUUAGUCAGAGCCUUAAUAAGUGAUACCCUUCUGUGUUUAAAGCAGAGUCUCUCUGUAUCGAGCGCAGUGUUUUUACUUUUUCUCACGCCCAUGUUGUGUUGAAGAAAAUGUUUACAAAAAAAUGGUUUUGUUACACUAAUGUGCAUCACGUAUUUAUGGUUUACCUUUAAGUGAUCUUUUGUGGGUUAUUUAGGCUUUCGUCUUCGUUGUAGUCCACUUACGGUGAUUCAUAAUCCCCAGUUUUGCCAGUUAUAAAUUUGCUAAACAGUAAUGCAAGUGACAAGCUGCAUUGUUUACUAAUCAGAGCUGCAAAGCAGACUGGUGGCAAGUACACACACAGCCUUCUUUUUUCAGUGCUAACUCGUCUUCUGUGUAUUAUGAAAAUUACUGUUGUCCCUCUUCUCCCCUCUUUUGUCCUUAAAUAAAGUAAAAAUGACACCUA